GAGACGAGCUGCUACAGUUAUCAAGAAUGGAGGGAAUGGAGCAACUGCGGGCCGAGCUUGAGGCGAUGAAGGUAGCUCUUCAGGCGGAGAAGGAGGAGCGUGAGAAAGCCACAGCAGGCGUCAGCUCCACUACCCCACCAGCGAAGCAAAGGACCUCCUAGACAGCAGAGCCUUGGUGCUGGAUGAGGAUGAACCUCCAGCUACUGGAUGUCGUCAUCAAGAUGACCCAGUUUUGCCAGCGCACACUGACGAAGAUGAGGAGGCAGAAGAGGAGGCAGAUGAGGUGGUCAUCAUAUUGGAGACAGAAGGUGAGACUCCAGCGAUGCCAACAGGUCAACCAGAGCCAGAGAGUGCACCUGCUGCUUUUCACAAAGCAGGGGAGCACCAGCCCGAGGACCAAGCCUCUCAAUCUUCAGAUGUGCAAGAUCCGGAGAGAGCACCCGCUGCUUUACACAAAGCAGGGGAGCACCACCCUGACAAUCUAGCCCCGCAACCCCCAUCAGAAGUGGAAGAUUCUUCACCGGAACCCACUACAGAGGAGGAGGUCCCACUUGCCAAAGCGGAGCAGUUGCGCCACACCAGCCGUGCUGGAGCGGGACAACACUCCAAUCCCCAUCACCUCCCGAAGUCCGUCAUCCAGUCGGAGACUCCAGCAAUGCCUGUCCCUGCACCUGCGAUAGACCCACGUGUACUAGCAGACAUCAGCCGAACGCAGCUGCUGUUGGCGCAGAUGUUGGCCGGAGUCCAGCCAAGAUGAUUUUUUUUUUUGUAAAUAGUUAAUUGUACUUUGUUUUUUUGUAUUAAUCUUUUAUCUGUUUAGGUUGUCGGGACGCCAACCUUAGAGCAGGGGAGUAUGUGACAGCUCAUUUACAUAUCUCUCCUGCGCAGCGCCCUCGCUUGACCCUUAAGGUAAAGCUCUCACUUAGCCAAUUGUCUUGAGUGAGUCAUUCCACCACUAGCACUGGUACUGUAAACACCACACAGUGUCCUGCCACUUCUACACAUGUUCUUAGUUAAUGCCUCAAGAUUUUGUGGAUGACUCGACUGGG